AUGUAUCGGGCGCGGCCACAUGGCGAGAAGGCUGCGCGGGCGCCGGGAUCAACGCUGUUUAUUGAUGCGGGUUCAAACCUUCUACACGCUGCGGGAGGAACUGUUUUUUGUUCACAGUGGCACUGGUGCUUCAUAUUAUUAGUUACCCUGGACACAUCCCAUGGGGAGAAGUUCACACUCGGAUACCUAACAGGGUCACAAAGACGGCCAGGCGACCUGAAUUAUCAAAUGCCCGGCAGAGUUAUAUCAGGAGCAAUUUCCAUGGCAGUAGAUGAAGUGAACGAAAAACUUCUCGCUCCCAUGGGCCAUUCAUUAGACUUCGUUGUCGCUGAGACAUACGGCCAAGAAGAAGUUUCGAUACGACAGGUCGCAGCGUUGUGGGCUGCCAAUGUAUCAGCGUUCAUUGGACCUCAAGAAACUUGCGUGCACGAGGGUCGUAUGGCCGCAGCCUUCAACCUUCCCAUGAUAAGUUAUUAUUGCAGGGACGUGGCCAACUCCAACAAGCGUGUGUAUUCAACGUUUGCCAGAACUCGUCCAUCCGACAUAGACAUAUCGCGGUCCGUGGUCGCCGUGUUAACGCAUUUCAAUUUCAUGCAUAUAGCCAUAGUGUACCUCAAGGCGCAGAAUCACGAUUUCUCUCGUCUCGCGUACGCAAUAAUAACAGCAGCGAAUGAAAAGAAAAUAACUAUCCGAACGGUUCAAGUCUACCGCCAGCCGUAUUACUAUGACAAUAGACCAGAUAAUUUCUCGCGAAAUCCAUUUUUAGACAUCGUCCGAGAAACAUAUAAGGAUACGAGGAUUUACGUUUCAAUCGGCUACUAUCAUGACCACAUAGGUCUCAUGUUGGCUUUGGACGCAAUGAAACUUCUUAAUUCUGGGGAAUACGCCGCUAUUGGAGUGGAUGUAGAUAGAUAUGACCCUAACGAGGCCAUCAGAUAUUUGUCUGGUCCGUUAAGGAAGGAGCCUGAACCUCGUGUCAUGAGAGCCUUCCGUUCCUAUCUAGCUGUUGCACCCUCCGCGGGACCCUCGUACCCCGCCUUCGCUAAGGAAGUCAACUCACGAUUGACGAUGCCUCCAUUCAAUUUUAACAAUCCACUGCUAGCUCUCGGCGGAGGUAAAGUUAUCCCAGUGGAGGCCGCGUGGCUUCACGACGCGGUGUGGUUGUAUGCGCGUGCGCUGGCCGACUCGCUGCGGACAGGGGAGGCUCCGAGGGACGGACGCGCUAUAGCCUUACGUAUGAGAAACACUACAUACCGUAGUGUUAUGGGGUAUUGGAUUCACAUGGAUGACAACGGUGAUGCUGAAGGGAAUUACACCCUGCUAUCCAUUGACCCGUCCCGCCCUCCCGGACUGUACCCACUCGCAGUCCUUCAUAAAGUGGCCCCGAACAUUUGCAUUACGUGCCAUUUACUUCAUCUCAUGCAGGAGUUACGGCUCCUGAGAGAGAUCAAAUGGCCCGGCGGUCGAGUGCCGCUCUCCGAGCCCCCGUGUGGAUUCAGAGGAGAGAAGUGCGUCAAUCAUAUAGGAGCUUGGGCUCUUGGUGCAUCGGGAGGUACUCUCGCCCUUUUAGCGCUUGCAGCGCUCGCAUUAUACCGCGGCUGGCGAUACGAACAAGAGCUGGACUCGCUGCUAUGGAAGAUUGACUUCAGGGACCUUCAUUUACCCGAGGAUCAGCGCGGCAACAAACUGAAUAGCAGCGGAAUUAACAACACCAAUGGUAUAACAAACGAGAAGGGUUGUGCUGGCAGUACUGGAGUUUCAGGGGUGUCACGAUCCAGUCAAGUAUCUCUGAGUUCCAACCCUGACCUGGACUUCAGAUACUCCGCUAUUUUCACGGAGGUAGCCUUCUAUAGAGGACGUCUUCUCGCAGUGAAACGAGUCAGAAGAAGUCACAUUGAUAUCACGAGAGAAGUGAAGAAGGAACUCAAAAUUAUGCGUGAUUUACAACACGACAACGUGAACGGGUUCGUUGGAGCGUGUAUCGAACCUCCCAAUGUGUGUGCACUAUCAGAGUACUGUACUAGGGGGAGUCUCAAGGACAUUAUAGAGAAUGAAGAUAUAAAACUCGACAACAUGUUCACCGCGUCCCUCGUCGGUGACAUUAUAAGGGGUAUGAUCUUCAUUCACGAAUCACCACUACAAUAUCACGGCGCACUUCGACCGUCAAACUGUCUCGUUGACGCGAGGUGGGUCGUGAAACUCGCGGACUUCGGACUGAGGGAAUUCCGCAGAGGAGAAAUAACACCCUCAGAACCGAAUGCACUGAGAUCUCAUAUUGAUAGUUUGGUGUAUCAGUCACCAGAACAGUUACGAGCGGGUGGUUGGGGUGGGGAGUGUUUCCCCACUAACUGGUCGUUAGGGUCGCAGGCGUCUGACGUGUUUUCGUUCGCUCUGCUCCUAUACGAGCUCCACACUCGCCGCGGUCCGUACGGCCCGGACGUGUCCCCACCAGCUGCUCUACUGCGACGCCUCGCUAGACCGCACCCAGCGCCCUACAGGCCUCCUCUAGAGGCGCUCUCUGGAGGGUUCGACUGUGUGCGUGAGUGUUGUACGGAGUGCUGGGCGGAGGAUCCCGCCCUUAGACCGGACUUUAAGACGAUUCGCGCUAAACUGAGACCUUUGAGGAAGGGCAUGAAACCAAAUAUAUUUGAUAAUAUGAUAGCAAUGAUGGAGAAAUACGCGAACAACUUAGAAGCUUUAGUUGACGAGAGAACUGAUCAGUUGCAAGAAGAAAAGAAAAAGACAGAGGCGUUGUUGGAGGAGAUGCUGCCAGCUCCCGUCGCUGACCAGCUGAAGCGCGGCCGACGCGUGCUGCCUGAGAGCUACGACUCUGUCACUAUAUACUUCAGUGACAUAGUCGGCUUCACGGCCAUGUCCGCUGAGAGCACUCCGCUACAGGUGGUGGACUUCCUCAACGACCUGUACACAUGCUUCGAUUCAAUUCUAGAAAAUUUUGAUGUUUAUAAAGUAGAAACAAUAGGAGACGCCUACAUGGUGGUGUCAGGGUUGCCAAUUCGUAACGGCAUCCGCCACGCAGGCGAAGUGGCGUCCAUGGCGUUGGCGCUACUCGCCGCUACCAGAUCCUUCCGUGUGAGACAUCGACCAGAACAGAGGUUACUGCUCCGUAUAGGAAUACAUUCCGGUCCUGUCUGUGCUGGUGUAGUCGGUUUGAAGAUGCCCCGCUAUUGUUUAUUCGGCGACACCGUUAACACAGCGAGUCGGUUCGAAUCUACUGGAGUUCCUUCAAAGAUCCACUGCAGCGGCGCGUGCAAGUCUUUAUUGGAUCAGCUGGGAGGGUACAUUCUGGAGGAGCGAGGCGUGGUGUCGAUGAAGGGCAAGCGGGACCAGCUGACGUGGUGGGUGUGUGGCGAGGAGCCUCACGCAAGGAGACAGGCAACGCAACAACAUACGCGGAGCUCACUCAAGGCGCGCAACUGGAACAACCAGGGCAGCCUGCAUCGAUGUUGCAGUUUAGAAUCUCCAAAGAAACUUAGAUUUGCUUCGGGCAGUCAUUUAGAAUCGCACACGGACAGCGUCCUACAUCAUAGGAGUGAUGAAUAUUUGAUGGAGGUGGUUGGCGAGGGUGGCCGGCCAGCUCUCCUGGAGGCUCCUCUGCGGGAUCACGCGUCCAGCGUGUCGUGUCCCGUCAUCGAGGCGGCCGGGGACAUCCGGCUGGUGGUGCCUGUCCGCGACCCCGCCGCCGUCCCGCUCCUUGCCGACGGUUAA